AUGCAACCGGUCAACGAGUUGCCGAGGAAGGUGGGUGGGUUUUUUGCGGUUAUCGCGCGAAAAGGGGGCGAGAGAGAGCUGGAGGCUUCCCCCGAGGCGGAGAGCACCACCAAGUAUCUCGCGGAGCUCCAGCUUGCUCAGGAAAGCGCCGAGAGGGCCCUAGGCACGCCCGGAUGGGAGGAGGUGGCCCACCGCGGCGGGGUGACGGUCUGGAAGAAGUACUUCCCGAAGGAUGAGUACGGCUACAAGUAUCCCUGCGUGAAGGCCCGCGGAAUCAUCGAGGGCUCCGCGGCGGAGGUGAUGAGCAUGAUCGUCGACUCCACCCGUGUCCUGGAGUACAACAGGUACAGCAAGGGGAGGACGGACAUCGAGCACCUCGGCCCGCACACCAAGAUCGUCUGGAACAAGGCGCAGCCGCCCCUGUCCAAGAAGCUCCACGACUUCUGCACCCUGAUGCACAUGCAGCCUCUUGACGACGAGGAAGGGUCCUUCAUGCUCAUUACCCGGGCCACGGAGCACCCCAAGGCGCCACUGCUAGACGGUCACGUAAGGAGCGAGAUCCUGCUCGGGGUGACGAUUCUAAGGCCUGCCAAGGGCGACCCUACCCGGACCGAGAUGACCACGCCGGGGGCGAAAGCAGCACGCCGGCAGGGGAACACAUGCACGAUACCUGUUGGAUAGAGCAAAGUGAUGGUGCGACCGGGGGGGGCGGAAGGCCCCUGGGUUUGUGAAAAUGGAGAGGAGAGGGGGAGGAGAAAACAAACCUCUGUGAGGGCGAGUGUAAAGAGCAGCUAGGGCCGAGUGUUGAGGGCGAACUAUUUAUCACGCGAACCGAUGGCCGAAGAGGUCGGUGCAGGUUUGCUAGGGGUUCGGGGUGGUGAACUUUGUGUGUUUUUUGUCUCUGCGGGUGCAACGAUAAAGGGGAAGAGUUGAGUCGAGGGCAACACCCACCAAAGAGAUGCGAAUAUGCGUGAGUGUCAGGUGUUUAUUAUGGCUUGGUGUGAAGGGGUCCACGUAGUUUUUUGUCUGCUUGAUGAGGCGGCGGUGGGUCCAUAAGGCUCGAAGGAGGGUGUGGAAGAGAUGGAUGCUGGUGCAUAUGAUGCGGUGAUCCCUCGGCCUGUCGCUCUUCGACAGCUAGGUAGCGUGGUCCACCUUUGCUUCUCCUGUGUUUGAGGAUUGUGUUGGAGCAUCAGAGAUAAAGGGUAAGUCGAGACAGGGAGCGCGCGGCGUGGGCA